AUGAGAAAGCUAAAGGAUUUUUGGGAUGCAAGUACACUUGAUAGAAAAACAGCUGAAGUCUCUGAUGAAUUGAAGGACGUUGAUUUCUUCCAAUCAACACCAAUAUCAUCUUUUGGUUUAGCUUUCCCAGCAGUAGAAAAUUUGAUUAGUGGAAGGGAUUAUUCUUUCGAAGAAUCAAGAUUAGACUAUUAUCAAGCACAACAAGCCAAUGCUAUCCCAGAAUAUGAGAAACUCAUAAAUAUAAGGACACAAGAUAUGAAAAAUUGUGUUGAUUUCGUUAAAGCUGAUACAAAGAAGGCUGCAAGAUAUACACAAAUUACUGCAAAAGAAAAAUAUGAAAAUCCAUCUUACGCUGUGAAACCAUUCAUCAGUACACCUUUGGAUCUAACGGGGAACUCACUCAAUACAACUUCUCAAAGUGCAUUCGGCUCAUCGGGUUUUGGUGGUAAUACAAGUAAUCCAUUUGGAUCAAAUACAUCAAACCCAUUUGGAUCUUCAACCACAUCAAACUCAAAUCCAUUUGGAUCACAACCCACCAAUACAAAUACAAAACCAUCAAUUUUUGGAAGUACAGCACCAGCAUCUUCAAAUUCUGCAUUUGGUCAAAGCUCAUUUGGUCAAACUAGUGGUACAAAUAGCGCGUUUGGGAGUCAAGGUUUCGGUUCAAGUUCUACAACAAACACAACAUCACCUUUCGGUCAAUCUGGAUUCGGCUCUAAACCAGCCACCUCUCCAUUUGGUAGUAAGCCACUUGGUGGAUCUAGUGCUGCUACUCCUGCUGCUCCUUCUGCUUUUGGUUCAUCUGGUUUUGGCAGCUCAGGUUUUGGUUCAAUGGCAUCUAAACCUUCAAUUUUUGGAACUGGCUCAACAUCAACUACGCAACCUAGUACAAACACAGGCUCUGCUUUUGGAACUUCUGGAUUUGGUUCUGCUGGCCUUUCUUCAGGGGCUACAAAUACUGGAAGUGCUUUUGGAACCUCUGGUUUUGGUCAACAAGCAUCUAGUACAUCGCCUUUUGGUCAACAGAAACCAGAUACAACUACAACUACAUCCCCAUUUGGUGCAUCCACCUCACAGAGUCCUUUUGGUGCUGCUGCUGCUAAUAAACCUUCAGUGUUUGGACAGCCUGCUGCUACUGCUGCUCAAUCUACUUCAUCACCGUUUGGUCAAGCAGCCUCAUCGAAUAGUCCUUUUGGAGCCGUUGGAACUCAAGCGACAACACAAUCGCCAUUUGGUCAAACCUCAACGGCUGCUCCAUCUGCAUUUGGUCAAUCAACUACAACAGCUGCUCCAUCUGCAUUUGGUCAAUCAACUACAACAGCCUCACCAUUUGGUAAUUCACAAGCAAAUACACAGGGAUUAGGUUCUGCAUCAUUCGGUGGUGGUGGUUUUAGUUUUGGAGGAUCUCAACAAACAACAGAUGGAGGUAAUUUCCAACCUGCUUAUAAGCAGUCGGCUAAAGAACCAGAAAGAAUCGAUAAGUCAGAGUUGAGUGAUGAAGUUAUAGCACAGUUUACAGCUCCUCAAUUCACAAUCGGUUUAAUACCUGAGGUGCCACCUCCAUUAGCAUUUUGUUAA